AGUCACUGCCGGACUUCCGUCGCAAUUUUUCCAUCGGAUUCGAAACUCCGAAAAUUCAAAGUAGUGUACCUUGUUUGUAAAUCCAAGUUAUGUUCGUGACGCCGACGAUCUUCUUGUGGCUGGUGACGAUCGGUUUGAUCGCGUAUCGUUGCCACCGGUUCUUGUUCGACAGACCGAAGAACUUCCCCGAUGGACCUCCGAAGUUUCCGUUGCUCGGCGGUUACGCCGUGAUGCUGUUGAUCAACUUCUAUCAUCUGCACAGGGCGGCCAACAAGCUGUGCGAGUACUACCGGACCAAAAUCUUGGGCAUCUAUCUGGGAAACUUCCCAACGGUGAUCGUGAAUGAUUUUGCCACCGUGAAGGAAGUGUUGAACCGGGUGGAGUUCGACGGCCGUCCGGAUCUGUUCAUAGCGCGGAUGCGCGAGAAGAACUUCCUGCUGCGGGGUAUUUUCUUCACGCAGGGCCCUGAUUGGAAGGAGCAGAGACGGUUUAUUCUUCGCUAUUUGCGCGAUUAUGGUUUUGGAAGGAGAUUUGACGAACUGGAAGCGGAAACCAACGCGGAGAUUCUGACGCUGGUGGAGAUGCUCCGGUAUGGGCCGAGGCAUGAGCACGAGACGGAGUUUAUGACGAAAGAUGGCUGUGCGAUGGUUCCGAAUGUGUUUUUCGCGUGCUUUGCCAAUGCGUUUUUGUAUGUGCUAACCGGUGAAAGGAUCAAUCGGGACGAGGCCGGGGCGUUGUUCGAAACCGGCAAGUACGCCAUGAUGUUCCAAAGAACCGGCGACGACUACGGGACCAUCUAUAGCCUGUUACCCUGGAUGCGCCACUUAUUCCCCAACCGAACCCGCUACCGGACGAUCCGCGAGGGAAGCCUCGGCGUGAACCGCUUCAUCGAGUCCAUCAUUCAGAAGCGACUGGAAACGCACGAGGAAGGCCACGUGCGCUGCUUCCUGGAUCUGUACUUCACCGAGAUGAAGAAAACGGUCCCACGAACCGAGGACAAUCGGUUCACCUUUCAACACGAUCAACUAGUUCUAGGCAUUGUGGACUUCUUCUUCCCGGCCAUUUCCGGCGCAACGACACAGAUUGCUUUACUCCUGGAGCGACUUCUCUGGCAUCCAGAGGUGGUCCAGAAGAUGCAAGCCGAGAUCGACGACGUCGUUGGACACGGUAGACUCCCGACGCUGGACGAUCGAAUCAACCUCCCCUACACGGAAGCAACCCUUCGCGAAGCAAUGCGCAUCGAUACGCUGGUACCGUCGGGAGUUGCCCACAUGGCCAUGAAGGACACGACCCUACGCGGGUACGACAUUCCAAAGGACACCAUUCUGGUCCUAGGGCUGGACUCGAUUCACAUGCAGAAGGACAUCUGGGGCGAUCCGGAGCGGUUCCGACCGGAACGAUUCCUAAACUACCGGGGAGAGCUUUCGCUCUCGAAGGACGUAUCGGUACCGUUCGGAGCCGGGAAACGACUUUGCGCCGGAGAAACCUUCGCCCGGAAUACGAUGUUUCUGAUCGUUUCGGCGCUGGUGCAGAACUUCAAUAUACGGCAGCGACUGGGCGAUAAGCUACCGGAUAUGGGGAAGCGAUCAACGGGGAUUAUUAUAUCGCCUGCGGAUUAUUGGGUCAAAUUUGAACCACGAUGAAGGUGCUGGUGAAUUUUGAGGUUAGAUUAAGAGUAGACUGUAAGUCUAGAAAUCAUUGAAUUUAUUAAUAAAGAAAUCAACAUAUUACGGUACUUGACAGAAUAUAGUACCCA